GAUCUGGGAUUUAAUACCCUACGAUAGCGUUAAAAAAGAUGAGAAAUCGCGCUUGAAGCGUAGCGACUACGACCAAUUAAUCAUGGCGGCGUUGUGCUCUCCCUCUCUGCUAUUUUCAAGCGGCAAGUGAAUAGGUACUCUCGGAAGUUGCUUAAACAUGGAUCGCAAAGACCUUCGAACUCCACAAGGCGAAAUCGCUCGGAUUCUCGUAGAGUUCCUGGAGGUUGCCAUCACUUCGGUCAUUUUCCUCAAGGGAAUCUACCCAAAUGGAGCUUUUGAGAGGCGGCGAUACAUGAAUGUAGUGGUUCAUAAAGCUAGACACCCUCAGCUGAAUGAAUAUAUUCAUACUGCUGUUGUUGCGCUCCUACCUUUCAUCAACAAGGGUUUGGUUGAUAGAGUUGCGGUGAUUUUCUUUGAUGAUGGUGAUGUGCCUAUUGAGAGAUUUGUUUUCAAGCUUAAUGUGAAUCAAUCUUAUAAUUCGAAGGUGGAAGGAGCUAACCUGGAGUUCUCUCUUAGGUCCUUCUUGAUUAAACUGCCUGUAUCAGAACCUCUGACGAAGGUUCUUCCACGCAAUUGCAGGUGGGAAAUCAUGGCUUACUUCCGCUCUCUGCCUGAGGCUAGCACCAGCAAAGACGCAGAAAUGUGGAUCCCAACAGACACAAAGCAGUGGCAGCAACCACCAACAAUAAUCCCCAUCAAGUCCAUGAGCAGUGAACCUUUAGGUUUGCAGCUGUAUCUAGAACACCCAAGUCUCUCUGAGCCGAAGAAUGAGGAGAAAUGAAUUUCCUCAAAGUAAAGGGGGGCGGCAUUAUUAUUUCUGACAAUGAAUUAACUUCUCGUGGUGAUUGCCUCUUGUUGUGGCUCUGGCCUGAUCUGCCACCAGAAUUAUACCAAUCAAUGAUGCAAACAAGGGACGUCAGGGGAUAAUUGCAGCACUGGUGGGUGGAGGAUUUUCAGGCCCCUGCUUCAUGUUUAUAAACUCAAAGCUUCACUCACGGUCAACACAGUAUAAACAAUGGGAUUAGUUUCUCAUAGAUCAUACCUGAAUUAGAAAACUCCUGCCAUUUGUUUCUCACCCCAAGAUUGCAACUUAUAGUCAGUGAAUCACCGAUCGUGCAGUUAUGAAUAUGCUCACCGUUUUUUACUCGCCUUAUUUUGUAUUUAAGUGAAGGAUCACCCAUUCUCCUAUCUAGUGCUGGAACUUCUGUGAAGUAAAUCUUCACAUAGUUGUUUUUUUGUUCAAAGGUUCGGUAGAUAACUAUGAUGAAUUUUGGAAAAUCUUAGAAGUACUCAAACUUGUGCAGAUGUGUAAUAUUAUUAUUAUUUCCCAGUUACUUCCUAAGCUCAGUAAUCAACAAUAUCAGAACUUAGUGUUUGCACCA